UUGGCAGUUGGGCUGAAGCAGCCUGUUUGGCCCCCCCAGCCUGUUUUCAACUUCUAGUUGCAAAUCACCAGCCUGAAGCGCAUCCCUAUCCUUAUGAUUAACGCCACCUGAUUUCGAUGCCGGUCUUGAGGAUUUCCUCAGUUUCUCUGAGGGUGCUUCCCUGAGAUGUUCAUCGCCUUUGGGUUUGUCAGUCUUAGGGAUCGGGAUGAGCUCGAGACUGGUUAGCCAUGCCACUCUCUGGGGCUUGCCUGCUGAUGCGUGUGCAUUGCCUUCUGCUACUCUUCGGCGUCAGCGAGGCGGCUGGCCGGAUUGAGCUGGAGGUCGACAACACCGGCAAGUACAGCAUCGCUGUGAUCACGGGACAGGGACAGAGUCAAAAGUGGUUCGAAUCUGAGGCGACAGAGCUCACCAUCAACCACGAGUCGUUGACCACAAAGGACGGGUCUUUGAAGCUCGAGGGCAUUACCAGGGGCAAUGGCAUCGACGCUUCUGGAGCGUAUCAGCUCACUACGCUUACAUGGCGUGGCGGGUAUUUCGUCACAAGUUUCCGAGACUAUUCCAACAUGAUCGUCUUCGAGCAAUCGUUUCCGCGUGGCAUCAAGGGCAGCACCUUGAAUGCCAGUGACCCAUAUGCUGCACGCGAUGACGUGAGCACAGCCUUCCCAUCAUUCAGCACGACAUCCAGUGGGAGUUCUGCGGGUUACUUGGCUUUCACCGGUGACAUGAUGGGCUCAGGUGCAAAGCAUGGCACAGGCGGCAUUACGGGAAUUCCUACAGGCGUGUCGGGCUUUGGACCUACAUGUUUCUUCGACGUUGACUUGCAAACUAGCGUGGUGAUAUCCUCAUUCUCACAGUUUAUGGCGGCAAGUAACGGUAAACGUGAAAACGGAAUUGCAUACGGCCUGCAAGGCAGCAUCACAGACAUACCUCCAGGCUACACCCUGUCGUUUGUAAUCGUAGCGUCCAGCGCUGGUGGUGUAAACGUUGCUUUUGAAGAGUGGGGUGGGAAUCUGCUACGUCGAUACGGCAAGUCGCGCGAGGAGACCUACGAAGAUUACUCCCUUCAAUAUCUUGGAUACUCCACUGACAAUGGUGCUUUCUACUACUAUCAAACCGAGGGGCACGCACCGAAACGAGGUCCACCAUACACACCUGGACAUACAUACGAGGAGACAUUGAUCGAUGUCAAAGCUUACGCUGUCCGGAGUAGCAUUCCAUAUAGGUACAUUUUGCUUGACAGCUGGUGGUACUACCAGGGCAAGGGCAGCGGCGUCAAAAACUGGAUUGGGCGACCUGACGUGUUUCCGCACGGGAACGAUUAUUUACGAAAUCAGACGGGCUGGCCCAUUAUGGGACACAACCGCUACUGGGCAGUUGACAACGUGUACGCCAAGCAGAAUGGUGGCGACUACGAUUUUGUGGUGGAGAAAAAGGGCGAAGGACAGGGCUUUCAGGAUUUUGCGUGGCCAACAGAGCAGCGUUUCUGGGACGACCUUUUAUACAACUCGUCCGCAUGGGGGCUGUUCAUGUAUGAACAGGACUGGCUUGACACCGAGUACGACAACGUGAGGCAUCUCAAUCUUAACGCUACGGCAGCACGAACAUGGCUAAUGCAGAUGGGCGCCGCUGCGGCGCGCAAUCACCUUACCAUACAGUAUUGCAUGUCGCAUUGCCGUCACAUCAUGCAGUCACUGGAGAUCCCCGCUGUGACCAAUGCGCGUGCCUCUGGCGACUACCAUGCUGGCGGGGACCAGUGGAGUCCCCUUGGAACUACGGGGAUCUUUGGAUGGUCCGUGGCUGUAGCGGCGACCAAAGACAGCUUUUGGUCUACCGAUGUCCAGACGGGCAGCCCCUACGGCGAUCACGCGACCAUCAGAGAACCAUACAAUCGGCUCCAGGCGGUAGUGUCUACGAUUUCCAAGGGUCCUGUUGCUCCGUCCGACAAGAUCGGUUGCUCAGACUCAGCGCUCAUCCUCAAAUCAUGCGCUUCCGACGGUAGAUUGCUGCAGGGCGACAAACCCGCCAUGUUGAUUGAUACCGGACAUGUCCGCAAGGCAUUUAACAAAGGCGGACCAGAUGGUGAGGUGUGGGCCACCCAUACCGUUCUGAGCGGGCAGACCUUCGGUGUAGUCUUGAGUGCAAAGCUCAAGUCGGACUAUAGCUUAUCUUUCGCCGAAGCGGGCAUGCCGUUGGCGCCAAGCCUCUAUGUCCACUACGAAGCUAACGCUACGAACACGAUCUUUAACUCGUCGUCGAUUGCCUUGAAAGCUUGCGACAAAUGGGAUUUUCAGCUUUUCGCUGUGUCCCCGGCAUUGCCAGGCAAUGGUUGGACUCUGUUGGGCGAACCAAGCAAGUGGGUCCCAGUGUCGGCAGCGAGGUUUCAGAAUCUACAGUACUCGUGCCUGGAUGCGUUACUGGACUGCUCAGCGUCAGUCACGGCAGUAGGUUCUGAAGGCGAAAAGAUCAGUGUCGCAUGGUUGGCGCCACCUGGCAUCAGACGCGAUUCCUCUCCCACAGUUGUCGACUGCGUCAUACCACACGGCAACGAAGUUUCGAUCCUGGUGUCGUCCAGCAAUCCGGCAGGGAGGUGCAUCACUCCUGCGCGAUCCUCAUCGUCUAGUGCGAGGAUGCCGGUCUCAAAUAAUGCGGGAACUCAAGUACGGCCAGCGUCUACAAUGCCGCGAUCAGCAUCAAUGUCGUUUGUAGUAUAGAGUGCUCAGAAUUACGAUUGGGCGUCAGCCCGUAGUUUAAGUCAUGCAUCUUGGGUUUCGCUCUGAGCGUUCCCGAUGCUCACAGUGAACCUGCAUUUCUUGCUGCGUUAGUGUGCAGGUCUCGGGUACGCACGUGAUCGGUCAUGACUGCCUCGGUCACGAUGUCUUUGCUGUUUGAAAAAUGCUCGAUUGAGCAUGAAUGUGAUCUCGUUUGGUGUGGGUGUAUGCAAUCAUGCCGUCAUGCCCCAACA